AUGCCACAGCCCAGAAUUAUGCUAGUGGUGACAGGAGAUGAUUUUGGUUACUGUCCCAAAAGGAAUCAGGGAAUUGUCGACUGCUUUAAGGCUGGAGGCAUUUCCUCAGUUUCACUGCUGGUUAAUGCAUCUGCUGCCAAAGAUGCAGCAGAUUUGGCUAAAAGGCACAGCAUCCCAAUUGGGCUCCAUGCCAACCUGUCAGAAGGUAUCCCUGUGUCUCAGAGCCUCCAACAGGCAUCGACCCUGAUCAACGAGCGUGGCUUUUUCCAUGGAAAGAUGGGCUUCCGUCAGGCACUAGGACGACAUCAGCUAAAUAUGGAAGAGGUGGAGCUUGAGCUAAGGCAUCAGAUCAGGCUUUUCAGAGAAUUGACUGGUCACCUACCUCAUCAUAUGGAUGGCCAUCAACAUGUUCAUAUACUUCCAGAGGUCCGUGAGGUGUUUGCACAAGUCCUUUCAGAUCACGGAAUUCCAUAUACACGUGUUCCAGUGGAACCAGGUUUACAAAGCUGUCCGUGGCUGCCAGUGCAUCUCCAAAAAUUCUACACACAAGUGGAGAAAGAUGCCCGAGACUCUAUCCCUGUCUUCAGGCGUUAUGGGAUAAGGUGGCCCGAUGUGUACCUGGGACUGACCACAGUAGGCCAGAAUAUGUCUGUUCCCAACCUGAAGAGGGCCUUCAGCCAUGCUUUGAGUAUGUCCAAGCGAGAUGUGUCGAGUUCUGAAGAGUGUGUGGUCACAGCAGAACUAAUGGUCCACCCAGGUUACCCCAGUCACCCACAAAUAGGUGGCUGUGGAGAAGGACCAGAUGACUUCUCCCAGUCAGAUGACCGCCAACAUGAGCUAAAUGUGCUCACUGACUUGUCUCUGCUUGCUUUGUACCGCCAGGAGCGAGUGCAGCUAUGUGCUUUUAAGGACCUGUGA